GGGAAGGUGGGGGGGGUCAGGCGGGGCCAGCAGAGGCCAGAGCCCCCCGGGUCCCUUGCAAGCCUUGCACGUGUGGCUGACAGCGGAGGUAGGCUGCAAGAGGUAGGAGUUGUUUCACACUGGAUGGGUAAGUUCGGGGUCGGAGUCAGGGUCCCAGCAGGGUUAAGGGGAAGCCGUAGUGUGGUUGGGGUGCGGAGAGUCUGGCUGAUCUGAGGCACCCCCCAUGGGCUCGGACCCCCGUGCCCUGCGCCCCGCGUCCCCUGCGCAAGUCCAAGCCUCUGCGGCUCCUGGGGCGGGGCCGCGCGCCCCGGGGCCCGCCCACCGCGGUUCCGCGGCACCGCCCUCUAUGCAAAUAGCUCCACCCCACCCAAUCAGCUCCCGGGGGGCGGGGCCGCCCCUCGCAAGCACCUGCGGCCAGCCGCGAGCCCCAGGAGCGCUGGGUGUGCAGCCGUCGCGGGUACGGGGGCCGAGCGGCCGGGGGCCGAGGCGGAGCAGGUCAAGGUCGGUCCACGAAGCCCGGGACGAUGGGGAGGAAGAAAAUCCAGAUCUCGCGCAUCCUGGACCAAAGAAACCGGCAGGUGACGUUCACCAAGCGCAAGUUCGGGCUGAUGAAGAAGGCGUACGAGCUGAGCGUGCUGUGCGACUGCGAGAUCGCCCUGAUCAUCUUCAACAGCGCCAACCGGCUGUUCCAGUACGCCAGCACCGACAUGGACCGCGUGCUGCUCAAGUACACCGAGUACAGCGAGCCGCACGAGAGCCGCACCAACUCCGACAUCCUGGAGACACUGAGACGCAGGGGCGUGGGCCUCGAUGGGGCGGAACUGGAGCCCGACGAGGGCUCGGAGGGGCCCGGCGAGAAGCUGCGGAGGCUGGCGGGCGACGGGGGUGACCCAGCCUUGCCCAGGCCCCGGCUCUACCCCGUGGCCCCGGCCAUGCCCGGCCCGGACGCGGUCUACGGGGCUUUGCCCCCGCCGGGCUGCGACCCCUGCGCGCUGGGGGAGGCGCUGCCCGCCCAGAGCCGCCCGUCUCCCUUCCGACCCGCCGCGCCCAAAGCCGGGCCCCCAGGCCUGGCGCACCCUCUCCUGGCGCCCCCCGCCCACCUCGCCAGCAAGACGCCGCCGCCGCCGCUGUACCUGGGCGCGCCGGUGAGUGUGCGCAGGGCGGCGCGGGGCGGCUGCGGGGGCGGCUGCGGGGAGGGGGCGGCCUCAGUUUCCCCUCGUCCCCCCGCUCGCCCGCAGAGAAGCGUCUACAGCAGCCUGCAGAGCCCCGGCCCGGCCGCGGCCCCGGGACCCCCGCUGGGCAGCUUCCCCUUCCUCCAGGCAGGCCCCCCAGAGUACAGCCUGGGAGACCCCCCGCCGCCGCCCCCCGGCUUGCUGCAGCCCCCCACCCUGCUCCCUUGGCAGUCGAGGGCGGACGGACCCCCGGUCGCCCCCGCCCAGCACAGUGGGGGCCGCAGCCUGGGCGAGGAGGGACCCCCGCCCCGCGGCGCCUCCCCGCCGACCCCUGCGGUCAACAUCAAGUCCGAGCGCCUCUCCCCGGCCCCCGGCGGCCCCGGCGACUUUGCCAAGCCCUUCCCGUACCCGCUGCUGCUCGCCCGGCCCGGCCCGUCGCUGCGCCGGCUGCCCUCGGCGGACGCCUGGCCCCGGUAGCGGGAGCCGCGCGGGACCGCCUUGGAGAAGACCCCGGGGUGGGGACCUGGAUUCGGAUCCGCCGGCGGGGGUCCCCCUUCCCCCUCCCGUGUGCGCCCCCUCCCAAUAAAGGACGAAACUCGCGGCGCCCCGGAGGACUCCGCGCCCCCUCCCCAGCGGCCCUGUGUCAGUCUGGGGGCGC